AUGGAGACCUCAGGCGCAGACGAAGCUAGACGGAGCGAGGCAGGACCAGGCGACACUGAAGGCGAAGACACGGAGGCCAGACCAGGCGAAACAGAGGCUGAAGCUGCACCAGGCGAAGCUGAAGACACGGAGGCCGGCCCAGGCGACGCAGAGGCUGAAGCCGGACCAGACGAGGGUGAAGACUCGGAGGCUGGACGCGGCGUGAGAGCCACAGGCGGAGGCGCUGCAGGCGGCGGCGUGAGAGCCACAGGCGGAGGCGCUGCAGGCGGCGCUGAAGCUGGAACAGGCGACGGCGUGGAUGCUGCUGCCGCUGCCGCAGGCGAUGUGGAUGUGGAUGCUGCCGCCGCUGCCGCAGGCGGUGUGGAUGUGGAUGCUGCCGCCGCUGCCGCAGGCGGUGUGGAUGUGGAUGCUGCCGCCGCUGCCGCAGGCGGUGUGGAUGUGGAUGCUGCCGCCGCUGCCGCAGGCGGUGUGGAUGUGGAUGCUGCCGCCGCUGCCGCAGGCGGUGUGGAUGUGGAUGCUGCCGCCGCUGCCGCAGGCGGUGUGGAUGAAGCUGCCGCCGCUGCCGCAGGCGGUGUGGAUGAAGCUGCCGCUGCCGCAGGCGGUGUGGAUGAAGCUGCCGCUGCCGCAGGCGGUGUGGAUGAAGCUGCCGCUGGCGGGGACGCUGCAAGCGACGAUGUGGGCGCUACAGGCGGCGAUGCGUUCUGGAGUGGCAGUGGCGUGAACGCUGUUUACUCCGGGAAGUGGGAGCAGGCGAACCGGGCCACGAAGCCUCCGGCUCACCACAAAGGAGCAGUUCUCCAGAACCUCCAGCAGAAACACUGUCCUGCUGUGGCGAACGCAGCUGCUUAA